AUGGGGCUUACGGGCACGCCAUUUCCUGUCGAACUAUGGCGUUCAAUCUGUAAUUAUAUUGAGGCUGAAUACUUCGACGCCGAUGCCAGGGAAUCUCGCAGCAUUACCAGCGCGCUGGCGAGCCUGAGUCGAACAUGCCGGCCGCUGCACUGCAUUCUGCAGCCUGUGCUCUACACGGCUCCGGCGAUCGUCGGCAUGCCGUCGCUAGAGUUCUUCUUCCGGACUGUCGUCACGCGCAGUGACCUCGCCUCGACGGUGCAGACGGUCAAGUGGUAUGAAGGGGAUAGCCAGGAUGUGUACCGAUGGGUUCAAGUGGACGACGAGGGACUGGACCUUGGGGAUGAGUUCCACUCUCGAUAUUCCGAGUGGCUUCACGAACUCGACAUCGAUCAACCGGACGGGCCUACCCGUGGGUUCGAGGAUUGGAUGCACGAAUACGCGCAGCUCCUGCCCCUCUUCUUGCCGAACCUGCAGACCCUGGACUACCGGCGCGAGCCGCCGCUGAACGACUUCGAGCACUUAUCGGAAUACUGCUACCGCUCCCAGAAACCGCUCAAGGCCCUGAGAGACCUGAGGAUUCGUGCGCAGGGCUGCGGCGGCUUCGGUCUCCGCAGCAUUGCAUCGCUUCUCCGCGUGGCGCGUGACACGCUCGAGAAUCUUCACCUGGAGGGACCUACCAACGUCAACGAGGUCGGUGAGUGGCCACCGAAGCCUGAUCUCCAGCGACUGAAGAAGCUCAGCGUCCUCGAUGGGCGUCUAGGCGAUGGUUCUUUCAUAGAGCUCCUGUAUCACACGCCGCAUCUGGAGGAGUUCUCGUACCAUUCGGGGUGCGAGUCGCCAGAGGACAUGGAUAACGAGGAGCGCUUGACGUGGACGACCCUGACCGCGGCCUUGGAGCCGACCCAAGAUACCCUGCAGGUGCUGGACCUAGGCCUCUAUCCGGAAUACCUGGCGGGAUACGAGGUCCGGGAGAGCCUCGAGUUCCCUUGGUCUUUCAAGGAUUUCAGUCGACUCCAUACCGUCUCUUUGACGCAGGCGACCGUGUUCCGGGAGGACACGGAGUUUACUGAUGGGAAGCUGCUUGCUGCAAUUCUGCCCAAGACGCUGAAGCACUUCGAGCUCCGCGAUUUGCGCGCCGACUUCGUCGGGGAUGUGCUUGGCUUGGCCGUGGCUGCUCAAACAGGAGAUUUCCCGAGGCUGGCGACGGUGCGCCUGAAAACUGCGGCCCCAGAGCCGCGGAAAGACGGCUGCGACUCGGAUCCGGUUCUUAUCGCGGAAGACAUAGAGGAGAUAUCGGAAGCCUUCAAGAGUGCGGGAGUUCAGAUAGAUAUUAGAUGA